CGUGCCCCGCGCGGGCGGGCGGCGCUCGGUGCCGUCAUGGCGGCGCCGCCGCCCGUGUACGUGCACAGCGCCGAGUACGUGGCCCUGUGCGACUCCCUCUGCAAAGUGCCCAAGCGGGCCAGCAUGGUGCAUUCGCUGAUCGAGGCGUAUUCCCUGCUGGACCAGAUGAGGAUAGUCAAGCCCAAAGUGGCUUCCAUGGAGGAGAUGGCGAGCUUCCACACGGACGCCUACCUGCAGCACCUGCAGAAGGUCAGCGAGGAGGGAGACGACGACCACCCCGAGUCCGUGGAGUAUGGGCUUGGUUAUGACUGCCCCGCUACCGAAGGGAUCUUUGACUACGCAGCAGCUGUAGGAGGAGCCACCAUCACGGCAGCCCAGUGCCUGCUGGACGGCAAGUGCAAGGUAGCGAUUAACUGGCCUGGAGGGUGGCAUCAUGCAAAGAAAGAUGAAGCUUCUGGCUUCUGCUACCUGAACGACGCUGUCCUGGGCAUCCUGCGCCUGCGCCAGAAGUUUGACCGUGUCCUUUAUAUCGACUUGGAUUUGCAUCAUGGGGAUGGUGUGGAAGAUGCCUUUAGUUUCACUUCGAAAGUCAUGACUGUUUCUCUGCACAAGUUUUCACCCGGAUUUUUUCCAGGCACUGGUGACGUGACAGAUGUUGGCCUGGGGAAAGGUCGCUAUUACAGCGUGAAUGUGCCUAUUCAAGAUGGCAUCCAGGAUGAGAAGUAUUACCAGAUCUGUGAAACCGUGCUCAAGGAGGUCUAUGCUGCCUUCAACCCAGAUGCCGUCGUGCUGCAGCUGGGGGCGGACACCAUAGCUGGAGACCCCAUGUGCUCUUUCAACAUGACGCCCGAGGGAGUGGGCAAGUGCCUCAAGUACGUGCUGCAGUGGCAGCUGGCCACGCUCGUCCUGGGAGGAGGAGGCUACAACCUUGCCAACACAGCUCGUUGCUGGACGUACUUGACCGGGAUCAUCCUUGGGAGAACGCUGGCCUCCGAGAUCCCCGAUCAUGAGUUUUUCACGGAGUACGGUCCGGAUUACGUGCUGGAGAUCACACCGAGCUGCAGACCAGACCGCAAUGAGCCGCAGAGAAUUCAAGAGAUCCUCAAUUCUAUCAAAGGGAACCUGAAGCAUGUUGUUUAGCGGAGCAGGGAAGCCAGAGCAUCCCUGAGCGCAUCCCUGGUGUUGAAGACGUCGCUGUUUCUGGCAGCGGGGAGCAGGGCUGCGGGGGACUUGCCCUUGGUGGCUCAGUUGAUUUUUCUCUUCUAAACAAGUUGCCGAGUGCCGUGGCCCUGUGCAGGCAGGAGCACGUGGGCCUCACAGCUCCAGCCUUCCUGCGUCCACCCAGCACUUGCUCCCUUCUCUUUCCUUUUUAAAUAACACAGAGUUUUAUUCUCCCCACUGGGUUUAAUGGGUUUUGAGAGCUCAGAGCUGCAGCCCCUCCACAGCUGGGCCCUGGCAGCAGCACCAGCUUUUACCUCGUUGCCUGCCUGGCAGGACCGCGGCCUUCRCACGACGCCUCCGAGGCGCCCGCCCGGACAGAGGUGCUGAGGGCCAGCCAAGAAGUCACAGCCGUUGAGUUUUUAAACUGUUGGGCAUUUUUAUACAAAUAAAAUACUUGAACU